AAACCGAGAAUCAUAACGCAUAAUGCCACUUUCAUUUCGUCCAAUCAGCGCCUUACCCUAACAAAUAGUUAGGGUAACGAAAUGGUGACUGCAAACCCUGCCUGGCCUUCAAAUCAUUAGCUUUGCCUGUCGGUAAUCACUUUCGCUCCACUUCUUCAGCACCCGAGAUUCUGGUGUUUCUGGCUCUCAGUCGACUUUUGCGAUAACCGAUCAUACCACCGACCAUCAAUUGUCUCACCACAAGCGCAGCCACCAUGUGGUGGUGACACCGAACACCAAGCGAUACAAAACCACAAGGAUCUUUUCAAAAGCUGACAGACGCGACAUGAAGAAUCACCACAACCUUUGCUUGUGUCAUCUACGACAAUGUCAGCCUCGGCGCCACAGACCACAGCAUCACCAAUCAACGCCAACAUCCUCAUAGAAGCAUCGGAUAUGCCCACAAUAGCGCGCUUCCACUAUCUCCUCCACCACACCAAAGCCUACAUUCACUCCCACGGCCCAUACACAACCCACGCAAACACCACCGUCUUCACACGCGCCGCAAAUCCACCCACAAAACUCUACGGCCCCUCCUCAAAAUGCCUUGCAACCUCCCUCGCAGCGGCACAAGACUGCAUAGGUAGUGCACAAGUCCCCGGUCCCGCAAAAGAAGACUUGUACUUGUUCAAGCACCUAUGGGACACGACCAUCGACGUUUUUGAGGAGGUGCUGGCGACAGGCGAUCUAGACCAUGAGUCGUUCGGGUGGGGAAUUUGGGGGUUGUGCGGGGGGUACAUGUACCCUCCUUCUGAAGCAUCGUAUGAACUGUUUGAGGAGCAUAAGCAUCGGUUGCAUGAAGCGCUUUUGGCGUUGCCGACGGUCGAUCCACCGAGGCGGACGAGGGAGGAGUUGGUGGUGAAGGGCGAAGGGAGGGUUGAGGUGCUUGCUAAGGCGAAUAGGCAGGUACAUAUCUGUGAUAGCUUGGAGUUGCAGAGGUUCAGGCAGGAGGGUUGGCAUCGGAUCAGGUGGUGGCAUGGGGUCAAAGUUGCGGAGAGGUGGAUUAUGAGGCUGGGCAUGGUGGAUGAGGUGGAGCUUACUGAUGGGCCAGUCGAAAAAGAGCGGCCGCCUGAACCAGGCAGCAACGUGGAAAGUACCAACGGUGUUCGAAUUUUGCCCUCACAGGAGACAGAGAAGCCUUCAGAAAGCCUCGACACAUGGCAAAAUUCCAGCAACCAAAGCUAGAUGGGGAAAGCGCAACGUACACACAGAGUCAAUAGACUAGACUAUUGAUAGUAAUAUAAACUCUAG